AUGUUGCCAAAUAUUUCAAUCGCUCUGCUUUUACUAGUUUCGAGUGCCUACACAAGCCAUAUUUGUCUACAAUCCAGCUGUUCCACAUUUAAUGUUGAAGCUGAUAUUGUUUUUGUAGUGGACUCCUCAAACUCUUUAGAUCAAGUUUCGUUUGAAAAUAUUCGAUCAUUUCUGUACAGUUUUGUGAGCUCUUCAACGAUAUCCAAUGUUGAUUCUCAAGUAGCAAUUUAUGCGUAUGGAACUGUUGCUCAAACAGUAACUUCUUUAUCGGGCGGUAGCAAUCUGGCAGCUCUCCAAAACGCCAUCAAUAACACAUUGAAAUAUCAAGGAUCAUCUGAACGAAAUAUUUUUCAAGCGCUUUCAAAGGUUCAAGCAGAAGUUAGCAGUUCUUCAGGUCUUCGCGAUGGCGAUUUCAAGAAAGUGCUCGUAGUUGUAUCCGCUGACAGCUGGACGGGCAAUUCGAUCAUUGGUAGUUCUCUUCUUCAACAAAUCCAAAAGAAAUUCGAUGUGAUUCUCGCCGUCGGCGUUGGUAUCAAGGCAAUCAAAAAUCAAAAUGAUCAGCUUCCAAAAUUGAGCACUGCUUUAACGAACACAUUUUAUGUGGCCACGAUGGACCAGCUCAGCUAUGCUUCUGCAUGGAUAUCAGCAUUCUCUUGCCCUGGAGUCCAAGUAGUCACACAAACACCGGGACCAUCGACUAUGCCAACACAAGCACCAUCCGUCUCAUGUCCAGUCAAGAGUCUUCAAUUCGAUGUUUAUAUCAUUGUUGAUGUUUCGAACAAAGCUUCUCCAAGCAGUUUCACGAAAAUGAAAGCGGCCAUUCAUGAUUUCAUUGCACCAUUCACCAUCAGUGGUAGCGGAUCACAAUUUGUUUUAGUAACUACUGGAAUGGAUUCUGAAUUAUAUUAUACAGCAUUCCACAAUGGGCAAACUAGAAAGGACAUUCUCACUGCCGUCGACAAUUUGAUUCAAGAUGACGUUGCGGGCCAGACUCUCAACAUGGCGUUGAUUGCAAUCCAAGGUUACUUGGCUCAAUACAAAACUAACAACAAGUUGCUGACUUACUUUACAAGUACUACGGAUUGGGAUGUUAAUCCGACGGACACCUUGAACGGCUACAAGUCCAAUUACGGUUUGAAGUCGGUUGCUGUACAAUGGAGUUCAAGCGCAUCACAAUCGAAAUUGACAUCUCUUUUUGGAGCAGAUUGCGUCAAUACCUUCUCAGAUUCUCAAAACCCAGGACCAUGGAUUCAAGACAAAAUGUGCAAAAACUCGUUCUGCUAA